UGACGGUCUGACUCCGAGCGAGGUACUCUCGCCUCUCGGUCGGAAUCGGAUCCUUGCCUGAGUCGCCUCGCAGGCUCGCUCGCUCGCUCUCGCUCAAUCAGUUACCCGUGCGACGCUGUUGAGUAAGGAUGUGCUUUGUAUUCUCCUUGUUACCCUUGCACGAGGUCCUCCCUUUUCCCCUUCGUCUGUAGUAUUCGGUGUCCAGAUAAGGUGAACAUUUCUCUGAUACCGCCCAGAGUCUAUGAGAUUUGGAGCUGCGUCUAUGCGUUUUGUUUAUAGCAGAUAUUUUUGAAGGUAUUGUUAGAUUUAGUGGUUGAUUUAUGCCUUAGCUGUGUUAACGCAUCUUGCAAAUGAUUGAUAAGCUAUCGGCAGUGUAAUUAUUUCAAGAUAGUGAUGUGCAAUGGUGAGGGAUGAAGUUAAAGUACACCCAACAUGCGUUUUCAUUCUGGCUAGUACAACGUUUAUCAUGUGAGUUAAGAUCUUGUUAAAAAUGUAUUUAAAGAACAAGAGAAAAGCGAAUGGUAUCCACGUGCCGGCGAAGCCACAAGCGAAAGAGAGGUGAGAUAGAUAUAGGAACAAAGCGAAAAGAUAAAAUGACGAAUAGAAAAAAAGAUCAUGAAAACCUGAAUGAUGAUGGGUCAAGCUUAUAGAUUUUGACGAUGGCCCUCGAAGUGCGCAUCCAACGGGCGUAGGCCGUAGCGGGUCCCAUCCCCCCUUCCCCCACCCAGACGCAACCCUAUGAGAAUUGUCAGGUUUGGGGCGUACCUUACGCGAGUGAUGAGGUGGGCGUGAGUUGGAGAAUGAUUUUCGACGGACAAAUUCAGUCGAGGACGAAGCGCCAUCAUGAACACCGCCGAGAGGGCAUGACCACCCACAGCGAAGCCGCGCAGACGAAAGGCAGCACAAGCAACCCGACAGAUGACAACAAUUGCCUUGACGAGUGGCCAGGAAGAUGCGUGGGCGGCCAGCACGGGCGGAAUUCGGAAGGACCAUCUUGUCCCUGGAGACGAGAGUGGCAUUCAUGGGCACCGCUGUGCCCCUGGAUGGUCAAGAUCGUCGUCCUCUUCGUGAUGCUGUUGGGAAGUGUCCGGGAGGUUACUGCCCAGGCUGACGAUGACGACGUCGGCUGCUGCAACUUGGCCACAUCGGACUGUCGUUCGGCCUGUCACAAGGUCCCGUUGUGGAAAUUAGCAGGGGACGAGAGGACCAGCCAGUUGGAGUCACUCAGCUCAGUCUGCCCUUCGGAUCUGAAAGAAUUUUGGGGAUGUUUCAACAACACUCUGGCAGAAGUUUCCGAAGGUGUAGGAUGGUGGGGGCGACCCUGCUGCAGGCUGGCCCUGUCCCCCAAGUGCCAGGUGACCUGUCUGCAGGCGCAUGACGCUCCACAGCUCACUCCUUCGUGCAGGGCCUCCCACGAGAUUGAUUUCUUCGAGUGUGUUCAGCGCAUGCAGGAAGGCGCUGGCUGUUGCGCGCGCACGCAAUCCUAUCGGUGCCGGGCAUCCUGCGAGGCCGUCUUCUCCGCCCGCACUCCGUCCCGUCGCUUGCGGCACCGCCUCACCAAGGAUUGCCGGGCGCACGCCCACGUCACCCGCUGCGCCCACUCGCUCAUCCGCACCACCCCCGCCCACAGGCCAGAGAGAAACCUACACUGCUGUGCGGCAUCUGACCUUGCGACCUGUAGGGCCGCUUGCCGAAUUGUCUUGACGUCCGAGGCACCGCAGCAGGAUAUUUUAGACCAACUCGAGGACGCUUGUGGGGCAGUCGACCUCACGAUCGGUGUCUGGAAGUGCCUGUUUCGACAUAGUGAGGGCGUCGCACCAGAAGUGAGACAAGUAUCGAAGCUUGGUCGCCUAGGCCUAGAUGCUGCUAAACUGGGCUGCUGUAGCCGGGCUGUGUCAGCGGAGUGCCGCGGUCUGUGCAGCCGCGCCUUUUCCAAAGAAUGGGGCCGGGCUUGGGACGCCUUGCAAACCUCAUGCCUGACCCGCCCGCAGGAGGCGUCCCUCUUCGCUUGCCUCUGGGAGGCCGACGCCCCUUGCCAGCAGGGGUGCUCUGGACUCUCCUUCUGCACCAACUUCAACCACAGGCCGAACGACCUUUUCCGCUCUUGCAACGCGAGGGCCGACGCCGCGGCCGAGGAGGACCUGAAGUUGUGGCAGGAAAGUCGCACGCUGACGCUUCCAGGACUGGCUGCCUCCGUGCCCCUCAGGAGCGUCACCGAGUGCCAGCUGGAACUCUGGAAGGCCGUUGCUUGCUCGCUGCACCUGCGGCCUUGUCACCCGACCUCCCUCACCAACGCCAUAUGUUGGCACGACUGUGUCAAACUGUUAUCUAGGUGCGUGGAGGACGCUGGUUCCUCCGAAGGGGGAGUGACGGCGGCCUCCGUCUGCGGUACCCUGAGUCCCCCUCCGGGAAGUCCGUGUGUGUCGCUCACGGCCUUCUUGUCGCCAUCACUGGUGCCCAACGAGCCCCCGUGGCGAGUCCCUACCUCCCCGUGCCGUCCUUCGCCUUGCCCCGGCCGCUCCGUUUGCACCAUCAAUAGUGAGUGCCGUGCGGCAGAGCCGUGCCGCCCUUAUGUGUGUACGCCCGCCUGUACCUUGGGGGAAGUCUCAAAUGUUGCCGUUCCCGUCGGUGCCUUCGUCAGUGUUCCUUUCAGUAGCUCAGGAUUAGAGAGAUGUGGGCGUGUGUGCGAGUGUGGAAGCAAAGGGGAAUUGGAGGCGUGCAGGUACCUGCCGUGUGUCGACCCGGCCCCCUGCUGGUUGGGCACCUCCAAAUUUGAUCACGACACCGAGGUGGUGGUCGGCUGUGAAUUGUGCGUCUGUCACGCCGGGGAGCUCACCUGUGUUCCGCGGCCCACCUGUCCCCAACACCUGCAUCGGUUCUUGCCCGUGAACACAGGCUUGGGCUCAGGCCUCGUCUCCAGGUCUCUCCAGAGAAGCACAGGUUCGGGAGAGCUGCCUUGUGGGUGUACCGAUCACUGGGUGCCUGUGUGCGCUUCCAAUGGGCGCACGUUCCCCUCAGAGUGCCUGGCCAGGUGUUCUGGCUUGGACGAAGGGUCGUGGGUGGCAGGCGACUGUGGCAUUUUGGACGCCUGCGCGGGCGUCAGGUGUGGGCGGGGAGAGGUGUGUGUGUCUGCCCCUGCCAUAUGUCUUACCUUGCCAACCACCUCUUGUCCGCAGCACAUAUGUGUUCCUAUGUCUGGUGCUUGCCCGGCCGAGGCCUCGGGCCCAGCCUGUGAUACCCAGGGGAAGAACCACGACUCCUUGUGUCACCUCGUCAGGGACGGCAGCAACCUCGCUUAUUUGGGUCGAUGUCGGACACGAUGCCUCGCAAACGGCACCGUCUGCGGUCGUGACGGGAGGACGUGGGCAUCCGAGUGCCAGGCUCAUGCCUACUACGUGGCAGUGGACUACCAGGGCCCUUGCCGGGGAGUGGGCAUCGACGGCAGCUCUUGUCCUUCCGUUAGCUGUCCUGCGAAGCAGAGUUCCAGGUGCGUGGGCGUGGAAUCCAACGGGUGGUGCUGCGGCCGCGUCUGCGGAGGAGGAAUGGCCAUGGCCUGGUCGACGAGGGCCGUCGAGGUGGCCUCCGUCGUCCUGCCUCACCACCGGCCCUUGACAGUGGCUGCCCUCAUGGCCUCCUUGGCUUCCCAUGUCACCGUGUCCGAAUGCGAGAUCCGAGGGCAGCUCACCCUCGAUGGUUACCUUCUGGUUCUGGUCACACCCACGGCCUCUCACUCGCCCUCGCCGCCGCCCUUGGUCGCGGCUGCUUGCGUGGUCGAGGCGGAACGACUCGUCGGCGUCGUCAGAGCGAGAUCUCCCAGACUGAUGGCUUCCUUGCCCGCUGCAGCUCUCACUUUGGCGGCGCCCGCACACACCAGUGCAGCGGGCACUGCUGCAUACCCUCGUCGCCCGACAUUACUGGGCAUCGUGGCUGUCGCACUGGCACUUUUGGUGCCAAAGUACUUGGCGGAAAUUGCAUGAUCUUAGGCCUCGGUGUGUCUCAUGCCGAUGCAGAUACAAGACUUGACUUGAACGUGUGCUAAUUAUUUAUUCUCUUUUGUACUGAAAUGACGACGCAUGUUACUAUGAAAAAUAGUAAUGUAAGAGUUCUCUAUUCUUAUUCAUCUGGCGCAUAUUGUGCCUACAGUAUGCAUAAGUAAAUAUUAUACGUUACAAGAUUAUAAUGCAUAAACAUAGAUGGGCGUUUGUGAAUAAACUGCUUUGCAGUGAAAUUCUUUUUUAAUGUUGGCAAUUUAACUUUAUGGUGUACAUUUAGAGUUCAUUUGCGUUGACGUUAUGAAUAAGCUCUGAAGUGACGCUGAAUUUUGAACAAAAGUUGAUAUGGGUGCUAUGUUAUUUCACCUUCAGGGAUUUAUCUCAGCGAAAAUUUAGAAGAGUGUGACGUAGCGAUGCUUUGUUUUCUAAUUAAAAAUCAUACCUACUUGUGGGCAAUAUAGUAUUGCUCAUCGAAAAAUGUAUUUGUUCAUGGUGAAGAAAUUAAGAUUUUGUAUAUAUGAUUCAACUUUUGAAACAAAUUAGAAUAAUUUUCGCGUAACUUUACGAAGACUGAGUAUCCAACUCAUGUAAAACAAUUUUGUGCAAUUGUACGAUAACUUUUGGUGUGUUCCAUUCAAACUUUUGCGGUUUUCGAGCAAACGUAAACAGAGCAUCUCUGACGUCUUCUUCUUCUUGGAAUCGUUGUCUUGACCUCGUGUGCCAAUUUAAAAAGUGCCAAUACGGUCUCUCCGAUUCAAAUGAUGCCAAAGUUCCUAGGAGUUAGUAGAUUGCUGAAGAGAAUUUAAACUUUUAUUUAGAAAUAAGGUCAUUUAUUGAACAGUUAUUGAUGAUUUUUAUACGCAGAGAAGUCUUGAUAACGCCGGUGAUAUAAACGAUUGAGAAGCUUUGUGAGUUCUGAUUAUGACUUUGAAGAAAUUAUUUAUGGAACCUCUGAUGUCAUCGUUGUUACUUGACGUCAUUAAUGAUGCAGAUAUAACAAGAAAACAAGGUAGUAUGUUUACAUCUUGUUCAAGGAAACAGGUAGGAUGUUAUUUACUUGAUAAAGCAAAAACGUGAUUUCAAGAUUAUCCUCUUAAUCUCUUUGUACUUUCAGUGUAUGUCGUCUUUGUUUUGUUCUGUUCGAGUUCACACACACACACACACACACACACACACACACACACACACACACA